GAGAAACAAGACUAGAUGGUUUCAACCUUUUGCCUAUGCAUUUCUUGGCCUGCUUCUCCGGACAAAUGCCAUGAGGACCAUACUGAGAAUGAUAUAAGUCAAGCUACCAGUAGCCACUCCAAGUAUGGACUGAUGAGGGACCAGUCUGUUUGGGAAAAUCCUUCAGAUGGUGAACUCGUCAGAACCCAACCUCAGCGCCUGCCUCAGCUGCAGACAUCAACACAAGAGGAGGAAGAAGGCAAGAUCAAGAAUGGGGGCCACAUGAGUCUGAGCAAUGGGAAUGGAAUUCAUCACGGAGCCAAACAUGCACCCACAGAUAAUCACAGAACUUCAGCUCCUGUUUCUCAGAAAAUGCAUCGAAAAAUUCAGUCCAGCCUGUCUGUAAACAAUGAUAUCAAUAAGAAGAGUAAAGUAAAUGCUGUCUUUUCCCAAAAGUCUGCUUCCUCCCCGGAAGACUGUUGUGUCCACUGUAUCCUGGCCUGCUUGUUCUGUGAAUUCCUGACCCUCUGCAAUAUUGUCCUGGGACAAGCUUCAUGUGGCAUCUGCACUUCCGAAGCCUGCUGCUGCUGCUGUGGCGACGAGAUGGGCAAUGACUGCAACUGCCCUUGUGACAUGGACUGUGGCAUCAUGGAUGCCUGUUGUGAAUCCUCGGACUGUUUAGAAAUCUGUAUGGAAUGCUGUGGCAUCUGUUUUCCUUCAUAAAGAUUUACCUUUUGUUUGUAUUAAAACUGGAGACAAUUUUACAAUAUUUCUUGUAGGGGAAAGAAAAACACAUGGUAAGAUUCUCAUGAAGCAACUCAGUGUUUGCACUGUUAACUCAUUAUUUUUAAGUAAUUUCUGAAAUUCUUUUUCUUUCACUUGAUCUAUGUGGUUUAAUAUGUGAAGUUUUGACUAACUGGUUUUUUUUUGAAGCUUCUUCGUAGAUGAUAAUAAUUGGAAGACAUUUUGACACACUCAGCCAACAAGGUUGUAUGUCUUCUAUCUGUUUCUCCUUAUCAUUCUCAGCAGCUCUUUGCCCUAAACACAACAUCGCUCUGUAGGUAUUUAAACCAGAUCACUUAUCUUUGAUAUGUAUCUAUUAGAGGUUAAAAAGUGAACAUUCCUUAUUCUAAGUAAGUACACACCUUGGGCAGAGCUACAAACAGAUGUGGGACUUUCCAUGUUGGUUUCUUCUGUGUGCUUUCCACCUCCAGUGUUGUACCCAGAGAGCACUGAGUGAGGUCACUGUGCUCUCUCUCAGAGAAGCAUUCAGUGUAGGGAAGCUGUAAAGACUGGAGUUGGAAUGGGAGCUGUAAAGAGUGAAGCAGAAGGCAUGCUGGCGUCAGAACUGGAAAGGAAAGAGGCCAGAAGAACAAAUAGAAGAGAAGAACGGGUUUUUGAGGAAAGCUUGAAGGAGGAUGUCGCACUGUGAAUGCCUUAGGAUGAGCUACUUCAAUUUAGGAAAAAGUUUAAGGUCGGUGGCCCAAGCUGCCUGUGUUCUGAACAAGUAAAAAGAAUGUGCCUUCACUGCACAUUUCUACAACACAGCUUUCUUAAAACUAUAAAAUCGAAACUCAUGCAAAUAUGCACUUUCCUACACAUAAUUUAAGUGUUAUAAAUUUUAAUGAAAACAUAAUACCUUGUUAACAUAACUAUAUUUUACCAAAAAUGUAGAACACUUUUUAACAACUUUCAUUUAAAUUAGUUUUUUUUUUUUAGGUUAAAAAAAAAUCCCAGUAUUCUGAUUUGGGGUUUUUCCAAAGCUUGCUUAUAUUUAAAAGAUUGGAUUCUUUCUGUGGGGGUGUUUAAGGGGGUUCUAUUUAUUUUGGUUGACUUGUAGCCACAGUCUUGUAUUUCCCAAGCUUGUACAUCCUGGAUCCACGACAGGGGAGCUCAGAUGUCCAGCAUCACCACCAGGUAUCAGUAUUCCAAUUGUGUGUUGAAUUAUGCCAAUUUGUCAGGUUAUAAAGACACUAAAAGUGUAUAGAAGUAUGUCUGUGGCAAGACUAACUAUAUAGUGAUGAAGUCAGCUCAUAGGAAAGAAAGCGAGCGGUUGGUUUUACACACACCCUCCUAUGAUUUUUGUUUUCUCUUCAAAUUUAUAAUUUGGUUACAUUGACUAAUUCUUUGUAGGCUCUUGAAAGAAUAUUUGGUUUAGGGGUUCUUUCCAGUUCCAGAUGAAAACAAUGCAUUGUUAGGAAGCUUUUAGCCAAGCUAGACCUGUAGGCCUUUAGGAGACCUGAGCUUUUGUUUUGUUUUGUGUUCACAUGAGGAAAGAGAAUGCCCAUUUUUCCACUGAGAGUAACCUAGCUUAUAAUUAAAUUAUUAUUUAAAAUAUUCUUUGAAAAAGGAAUGCAAGUGAAUCUCCCUUCUAGUGCAAUUUAUGCAUGCAUUCACUUUAAAAUGUUGGUUUAAAUACGAUGCUAAUAUACAACUGCCUUCUUCAUUUGUUAUGCCAACUAUAAUGGGAACCUUAAUAUUUCCUAUACCCAUCGUUAGAUUGUGCUUAUGCCAUAGGAUGAAGAAAAGCAUCUGUUUGUAGAUAAGCCUCCUAAUGAUUAUUAGAAUAUUUGACUCAUUAUACUGUAAAAUUGUUUAACCGAUACGUUUGUCUGAUGCUCGAAUAUACCCUGCUAUGAUUUGCAAUGAAAAUGUUAGUGAUUUGAAAUGUUUUUCCAUAAUACAGAGCAUUGGUGAAUACCAGAAUUUAAUUUCCAUACUUGUACACAUAGGACUUUUCUUCAGCUGUCUACUCCAGGCAAGCCAUUCCUUAAGGCAUCUUGUAUAAUUCAAAAGAAAAAUAGGCAAAUGUGAAACAGUUUCAAUAUAUUUUAGGAUUCUGGUAUGUAGUGUUUUGUUGAAUCCUAUGGCUGUCAAGACUAAUUGCUAUAGUUUACAGUUAGACAUUUCAUCACUUUUAAAUAUUUUCAAACUGGAGCUGUAUUAUCUUGGAUAUUGUAAAAUUAAAAAAAUUAAUUCUUUAUUGUGCUCCAAGACCCUUUUGUACGUAAUUAAUAUGUUAGUUGUCUUAUGUUUAAAUUAUUUCAAUGAUAAUGUAAAACCUGAAGAAUUUCUUUACCCUUUCAUAUCUCUUUCUGAAAAAUUUCUUAGUCUCUCUUUCCCAACCUCUCUAUGUAAACUUCAAGGCUCGUGCCCAGUAAUGAACUGAGAAAGCUAUGGGAUAUUUUAUCCACAAGUCAUCGCUGCCCUGCUAUCAAAAUACAGUGUUCUUUUGAAUAUUCACAGCAUGUAAAAUAUAAGCUUAUUUUCCCUGCUCUUCCUCCACCAUCCUUCUCCCUUCCUUAUCUUCUCCAUUCUCUCUUCCUGCCACCUUUCUCCCUCCCUCUUCCCAUUCUUCCCUCCCUGGUUUCUUUCUUUUUUUGAGAUAAGAUUUCAUCCAGUAAACCAAGUUUGGCUUGCACUUCACUAUAUAGCCCACUGUAAUGUCAAAGCCAAAUAAGUCCCCCUCCUCAGCCUCCCAAGUGCUGGAAUUAGUCCUGAAUGACCCCCUAGUAUUUACUGUUUCAGUAGACUGAUUUCAUUUAUUCAUCUAAGGAAUUCAUUUUAAUUUAUGAAACUAAAGAAGCUAUUGUGUAUAUGCUGGCACCGAAUGGCAAACGUGAGUUUUCCAAGUUACAAAAUUGGGUAUUAUCUUUAAUGAAUUUUAUGCAAAACUCCAUUGUCAGAAGUCUUUCUACCUAAGACAACUAUGGCAAAUAUUUGGAGAUGUUUUGGAGUUGGGAUUUAACAGAAACAGUGGUGUAAAAUAUUCAUGAGAAUUUUUUUUCCAUACAAUGCAUCUUGACUGCCCCCUCCCCUUCGUCCCCUCCUAUCAGUACCUCUCCCAAAUAGCUGUGUGUCUCUACAGUAUAACAACUUUCCUCAUCUAAACAGUAGGUGUUAUCUGAACAGAUCAAAGAGUGGCCAAGACAAUCCAUGCAAUAACUUUCCAUUCUCUAUCCAUAAAAUCUCUAUGCUAAAGUUCUAUACACCAGACAUCCCUGUCUAACAAACAUGGCUCCAGCCAAGGAAGUGUACGGCUUGCUUUCUGCAGUUCUACUUAGUGGUUAGGUUUAUCCGUAUUCCUAAUCAAUCAUUUACUAAUAUUACUAAUAUAAAAUUAAUAUUUAAUAAUAUAUUAAUAACACUGCUAAGAUAAUUUUUAAUUUAACACUUCAAAAACCUUCCUCCUUUUCAAUUACUUGUGAAUUAUAGGUCCACAGGAUUGCUUCAUCUAAUCUGAGAGACAAUAAGAUUUCAUCAAAUUUUAUUUUUCUCCUUCUCUUACACUAAUGCAGUAGCAUGCAAUUUUUUUUGAAACAAUGGUUAAUAUAUUGCUAGGGUUUCCUUCACAUCUACUUAUGUUUUCAACCAAGUGCUUGUUAUUGCUGGGGACUCCUUGCAGUGUUCAUCUCUGUGAGUGUUUUUGUAUGUGUGUGAUUUGGUACUAGGUAUCCCAAGGAAAUGACAUGAUGCUCAGGAAGUUUCAACCCAAGGAAGAAGCUUGACAUCUCUGAGGAAGACAUUAACUCCUCAGAGAGGCUUCGUUAAUGAUUAACUAUUUAAGAUUAUUUUUAGAGGCUUGGUUUAAAAUUUUAAAAAGUUAUGGGAACAAUGGCAUUGUGGUACAGCCCUAAUAUGGAAGUUGGUUUAGCAGAAAUGAUCACUGGUUACUAAAUUUACCAUGUACCUUACCACUGCAAAAUUCCCAGUGAACAGUGGAAGAACCUUUUACUUUAAAAUAUCCAUGUCUCUGGGGCUUAAUGCUGAGCGCACUUCUUGCUCUUUCAGAGCACCCAUGUUCAAAAGGAUCUAGGAUUGGUUAUUAGCACUCACACCAGGAUACUAACAACCACCUUUGUGACUCCAGUUCUAGGGGAUCUGACACCCUCUUCUGGCCUCCAUUGUAUGCACAUGGUUCACGGAAACUCAUGAAGCCUCUCUCCCUCAUAAAUAAAUAAAUUUUUUUAAAAAAUAAGGUCUGAUGUCUGAACAUACUUCCUAUAAGAUCAAAUUUUAGCGACAACAGCAGCUAAUCUGGAGGUGAAGGUCAAAUCAUGACCAGACCCCAACUAAAAUCCAGAAUCCUUCAGGGCAAAGACCUGUCCCACACUGUUCUUAUCAUACUGGGACAGCAUAUUUUCCACAGAGGCCACAACUAAAACUCAGAGGCAGCCAGUUGUCAGAUAAGGAGUCCCAUGUCUCCCAGUUGGACAGUAGCUCACAUUUCUAGUUCUGUUGUUUGUGCGUUGUUUCCAUCUUGGAUGCUCCCCUUACUCUAUUUGAUAAGUACAAACCCAGAUUCAUUUAUCUGGCUGUGAAGAAAUCAUUUUAUGAAACCUGUCUUUUGACACAUUAGCCACCUUCAGCUAAAGAUGCAUCUGUGAAGACAAAGAAAAGUAUAGCUCUACAAUUAGGUAUUUACUACCAGACAGCCCCGUUUGUGAAAUUUAGUUGAGAAAGAAUUUAUUCUUUGAAACAGAAUAGGGAAAAAGCAAAUUCAAACACAGAAAUUCUAAGUUGAACUUGAAAAAUCGAAACAGUUCUUAAGUUCUGUCUGAUGCAUAAAGGGCUAGAAGCAAAGGAAUUACAUUCCAAAGCCAAGAAAGAGGGUGGACAAAAGCAUCCGAGCCACUUGACAUAGUUCACAGCCUUUUCCAAAGGAAUAAAAGUCUGUUGAGCAGGGAACCAAAAGAUCUCAUUAUAGGAUGAAGCCAAGCCAUAUUAAAGCUUGUGCACUAGUAACUAUGUCUAAAAACAGCCUGCUGUUUUAUAUUGAACCAAUACAUUUCUUAACUUGGUAGGUUGCAGUGUAAAGAUGUACAGAGCCUGUCUGCUGGAUGCUAUGCCAAUUACAGAUGUGGCGGAGUAGUGUCAAACACCUCCAAACAGUACUGAAAGCAAUCUUAGAGUGAAACAAAAGAGGGUUUGAAAUGUCACCUCAAAACCUGGAAAGCACAGUUCAUCAUGUGUCUGACUCUUAGAGUUUUAAAAUCUCCUUUAUUAUAUAAUUUAAUGUUGCCGUCAUAGGAUCCCUCAAUCAGAGUGCACAGUUCUUUCAAGGACAUGAAUAGUGCCCGAGAGAUACAGAGAAUAUCUUAGAAGUAACACUUUCAGGUGACAAGUCCUCUCUGAUCAGCUCCACAGAAAGUGUGUUUUAUCAGCAUCAGGGUAAGGGACAAGUGAAAUAUCCCACAAUACUGACUACAUUAAAUUUUGUUAGAUCAUCAGAAAGAAUAAUUAGACAUAUUUACACAAUUACCUUUUAGUAAACUGUUAUGUGAGUUUAACUAUAUAGCAUAGAUUCUGGAGGGGAAAAGUACAUAAAAUUGCAAUCUAAAAGCAAUUUAGCUACUGAGGACAUUAUUUCUUCUUAUCUAAUUAUUCACAAAUUAAUGAGCAAAAUUAAAUUCCAAUCAGUGAAGAAAAUGAAGCAAUGGGGAGAAACAGAAACACAGAUUACUUAAAGCAAAGAUAUGCAAUGCAUUUCUUUUAUUCAAACUUGGUGCUUAAAAAAAGAACAAAUCCAUCAUCUUGGAAUUUGACUUGUAGCUUGACAUUCAAAAUAAUCUGAGUAGAAUUUUCAGUGAGGUAAGCACAAAAGUAGUUCAAGUUGUGUCACUCUCAAUUACUGCACUCAGGUGGUGUACCCAUUAAAAUUCCCACUUGUGGGUUCCGCUCGCUAUGCAAAUGGGGUCAUUACCUGGAGAAUUUAAUUGGUUAUGACACUGGGAGUAGGACUUUUCCUUUCAAAAUAAACCCACUUACACAUAUUUUCACUAGAAAUUUGAUUGCUAUAUAGACUUCAGAUUAUUUUGCUUUAUAAAUAUUUACUGAAGUUAGCCUCUUCUUAUUUAUUCAUUCUGAACAAUUCAAGAUGGACCUACAUUACUUUGAUGUAGUUUUAUUUGUUGGUGUGCAAGGUGGGCAUGAAAAGGAUCUUUGUAACUAAUUGCUUAUCAAAGCACUAUAGGAGGAUUUGUAUCUUUCAGUCCACCAAUUAUAUGUGGGUAUGUUACACUACAGAUGUUUUCAUCAUGUGAUUAUAACAUUCUCUCAUGGCAGUUUAUUAUAUUUAUUUUGAAAGGCUCAUUUUUCCCUCCAUGUGACAUUUUAAAGCAGUGUACAGUUGAAUCUUAACUUGUCCUCUUAGAUGAAUUUAUAAACACACAAACACAUGCCCCACAGUUUUGCUGAGGCUAGUAGCAUUUAUAGGAUCUUUAUAUUUACUGAUAGAACAUAAUGAGGACAUUAAGGUCUUUGUCACAGUCAGUCUUGGAGACACUUCCAUUAUCUUGAAAGUCUCCUGGAUAUAGUGUGAACAAACAACAGAUUGCUAUCAAAGGCACGGGGCUCUGUACACAUUAAGGGGUUUUCAUUGAUUCAAGAGAUUCCUCCCAGAGAAAACUCACUAUGUAACAAGAUAGUGAUAAUGCCUGAAUUUACAAUGAACCCUGAAAUCAUAGUGUAGUCUAGGGGAUGGAAUAUUAAACUGAGCAUCCCGGAAUGUAGAUCCAGGCAGUGACUCUAAUAGCAGUUCCCAAGGUGAAAUGAAAGCAAGAGCAUAGUUGCUGUGUUUAUGGGCUGGCUAAUCUUAGGGAGGCACUACCAGUUCCCUGAGACAGGGCCUAUGCAGACUAAAUUUGUACUAUUAGACCAAGUUGUAUAUCUGCAAAGAGCCUAUCACCAGUCUAUACAGACAUAAAGAGAAUAAGUUGCUUUUAUUGUAAAAAAAAAAAAAA